AUGACUUCGUCACCCGCCACCAAUGCCACUGCGGUGCCCUUUGACCCGACAUCGGCCAUCGCACCGGAUCGCAAACGCACCCUCAUCAUCGGCGCCGGCAUUGUAGGCUCUUCGCUCGCCGCCAUCCUCUCCGCUUCGCCCAACCAGCAGGUGGUCCUCGUCGACCGCUCGGUCCGCGGUCUGCCCGGAUCCACAGGUCAUGCACCAGGCUACGUGGGGCAGUACAACGAGCUGCCUGUUCUCACCGAGCUCGCUCGCCGGAGUGUGACAAAGUAUCGCUCGAUCAAGGACGGAUUCGAUGUCGUAGGCGGGCUGGAAGUUGCUUCUUCCCCAGCUGGGCUCGAAGGGCUCAAGAAUCGAGCGGGGAAGGCGCGUGAUGCAGGCUUGCAAGCGGAAGUGCUGAGCAAGACCGCUCUGGUGGAGAAAGCGCCCAUCUUCAUCAAGCGCACCGGCAUCGAAGGCGGACUGUUCUUCGCCAACGACGGCACGGCUAACGCUCAACAUAUUGCGCGGUAUCAGCAGGACAUCGCUCGAUCCCAACGUGCACUGCUGCUCGACGCAGACGUCGUUUCCAUCGGCUCGAACAGUGUGCGGCUGAGCGACGAACGCGAGCUGGUAGCGGACAAGAUCGUGCUGUGUACGGGAAUCUGGACGCGCACCCUCCUGCAACAGCUGCCGAUAUUGCCCGUCGCCCAUCCGUACAUCUACACCGCCGAGCGGGCCCAGAGACCGGGAAAGACGCCCUUCGUUCGGUACCCCGAGCAUCACGUCUACGUUCGCGACCACGGAGUCAAAGAUGGGCUCGGGUCGUACGCGCACGAUCCGAUCCACGUCGCUUCCUCCGCACUCACAAGUUCGGCGUACGGAUCGUGGGAGAGCAGCUUCGAGUCCGUCCUCAGCACCGCACUGCAACUGCUGCCAGAGGAAACAGCGACCGAGUUCAGCGUCAACCCGAACCAGGUGGGCAAGGAGCGCGCGUUCAACGGCCUCUUCAGCGUCACGCCCGAUGGCAAGCCGUUGUUGGGUCGCGUGCGCGGGCAAGAAACCGUGUAUGUGGCCAGUGCAAUCUGGGUCACCCACGCGGCGGGGUGCGCACAGCUGCUUGCGGAUGUGCUGCUGGACCAGCUGAAGGAGGACGACAAGUGGAUGGUCGAGGAGCUCGAUGUCAACCGGUUCGAUGGACAAGAAUGGUCGCAGCUGGAGGAAAAGGCGCUGAGCACGUAUAACGACAUCUACAACAAGGGCUCGCAUUGA